CGGCUGUAAAAAACCAAAGUGGGGCAAUGAGACAAGCUGCGCCACAGCUGGCAAAUCAUCGAUUUGAGCAUCAGAAAACGGGGAGGGGCGGUUCGUUUACCUGCCACCCCUUCUCAAAGCAAAGCCCUCCUCACAUGCCGCUACUCUCCCUCCUCCCUCCUACUUCACCCCCGCAGCCCGCAGCGCACGGUUGCUCACAUUUCUGCGCUCCCCAUCCGCCUGUUCCGUGCGCUCUCUCUAUAUACCCAACUUCGAGCUCCGCUCGGUGCGGUUUUUCUACAAGACGACCAUCCCUCCUCCUCCACUACCACCUUCUUCUCCUUCUCCUCUCCUUCCUCCUCCUCAACCAUAGGACUUUUGACUUUUUUUUUUUUUUUAAAGCAGGUUUUUUUUUCUCCCUCCCACAGAGCAGUCGCCUAUUUUUGGAUCUCUCGCCGUGGAGCAGUGACAAGAAGGUUGUUCAACUUUUGAUGGAAAACAAGAGGUCGGGCGACUGCUGACUUUAAAGGUGAUAGUGAGCAGAGGUGCUGAGAAUGAUGGACCAUCUCAGCGAGACGUGUUUGGGCAAGGAGAACUCUGAGCUGGUCAACAGCAUGGCAGAGGCCAAGGCCCCGCCGGCCAAGCUGCCCCGGCUGGAGCAGAACGGCAGCCCCCUGGGCCGGGCCAGGCUGGGCAGCACCGGGGCCAAACUAGCCGGGGUCCCAUACAAACCCACCGGCCACCUGCUGAAGACCUGCCACAAGAGAGGCAACAUGCUGCCCGUGUUCUGCGUGGUCGAGCACUACGAGAAUCCCAUGGAUUUCGACAGCAAGGAGGAGCACGCCGAGUUCGUCCUGGUGCGUAAGGACAUGCUCUUCAACCAGCUCAUCGAGAUGGCCCUGCUGUCUCUGGGCUACUCCCACAGCUCGGCGGCCCAGGCCAAAGGUAUGAUUCAGGUGGGGAAGUGGAACCCCGUCCCCCUGUCAUACGUGACAGACGCACCGGACGCUACGGUGGCUGACAUGCUGCAGGACGUCUACCACGUGGUCACGCUUAAGAUCCAGCUGCACAGAAAUCUAGCCAGUAACACCUUAAAUUGUUUCGCCGAGCACAACGAGCCAGGAAGUUGUCCUAAGCUGGAGGACCUGCCGCCCGAGCAAUGGAGCCACUCUACAGUAAGAAACGCCCUCAAGGAGUUACUCAAAGACAUGAAUCAGAGCUCUCUGGCUAAAGAAUGUCCCUUAUCACAGAGUAUGAUUUCCUCCAUUGUGAACAGCACUUACUAUGCAAAUGUGUCGGCGGCGAAGUGUCAGGAAUUUGGGCGCUGGUAUAAACAUUUCAAGAAGACAAAAGAUAUGAUGGGCAUGCGCCAACCCUCCCAGCUGGAGGGCUACCUGGGGACGUGUGUCCUCCGCGAGAGCCCGCGUGCCAAUGCACUAGAGAUGGAUGGCCUGUCUGACCUCUCUCCACCUGGCUCUAACCACAACCACAACCACAACCACCUGGGUUUCUCCCAGCAGCAGCAGCCCAUCCCCGGCAGCACAGCAGAGCAGACUCCCUCCUCGCCGGUUCCCCCGCUGUCUCACGCUCCGCCGCCGCACGGCGGACAGACGGGAGGCCGACAGCCCCAGCUUCCCGGUCUGCACCACCCGGGCCUGGUGUCCACGCCCAUCAGCCCCCAGCUGGUCAACCAGCAGCUCGUGAUGGCACAGAUCCUCAACCAGCAGUACGCAGUGAACCGGCUGCUGGCACAGCAGUCCCUGUCGCAGCAGUACCUCAACCACCCACCUGUCAGCCGCAACUCCCACAACAAGCCCAUGGAGCCACAGGUGGCAUCAAACACGGAGGUGUCCUCUGAGAUUUACCAGUGGGUGAGGGACGAGCUGAAGCGGGCCGGCAUCUCGCAGGCCGUCUUCGCCCGCGUGGCCUUCAACAGAACCCAGGGUUUGCUGUCCGAGAUCCUACGCAAGGAGGAGGACCCCAAAACGGCGUCCCAGUCGCUGCUGGUCAACCUGCGCGCCAUGCAGAACUUCCUGCAGCUGCCGGAGGCCGAGCGCGAUCGCAUCUACCAGGAGGAGAGGGAGCGCAGCCUGACGGCGGCGUCGGCGAUGGGGGCCGCUCCGCUCAUCAGCACUCCACCCAGCAGACCUGUACAGCCUCGGAGGGAAGACUGUAACAGCGUAAGGCCCGAGGACUGGAAUCCCCGAAUCCCUGUGGGCAUUUCCCCUGUGAAACCGUCGCCUCUGCCCAGCGAGUGGAACGGCAAAACGGAGAGCUGCAUCCUCAACAUCAACUCCACCAUCUACGACGAGAUCCAGCAGGAGAUGAAGAGGGCCAAAGUUUCCCAGGCGCUGUUUGCAAAGGUGGCUGCCUCCAAGAGCCAGGGCUGGCUCUGCGAGCUGCUGCGUUGGAAGGAGGAUCCCUCCCCGGAGAACCGGACGCUCUGGGAAAACCUCUCCAUGAUCCGCCGCUUCCUGAGCCUCUCCCAGGUCGAACGCGACGCCAUCUACGAGCAGGAGAGCAGCGCCGGGCAGCAGCACCACAACGAGAGGCCGUCGCACCUGAUGCACAUCUCCCCAGACCAGCUACAGGCUCAGCCACCCCAGUCACAGCAGCAGCACCACCAGCCCUCCCUGUCUCUCCAGCACCCCUCCCAACCCCUUUUGUCCCAGCAGCCCUCGCAGCAGCAACAGCAGCCGAACACCGGCCCCCGGUUGCCGCCACGCCAGCCCAGCACGGCGUCUCCGGCCGAGAUGGAGGACGAGGUGAGCCGCGGAGGGAGCAUCAAGUCCCGCACCUGCGGCGGGAAAAUCUCCCUCGAGGCUCUGGGAAUCCUGCAGAGCUUCAUCCAGGACGUAGGCCUGUACCCCGACGAGGAGGCCAUCCACACCCUGUCGGCCCAGCUGGACCUGCCCAAGCUCACCAUCAUCAAGUUCUUCCAGAACCAGCGCUUUUACGUCAAUCACCCAGCCAAGGCGCUGAAGGAACCCAAUAACAACAACAACAACAACAACAACGGCACGGCAGCCACCACCAACACCAGCAGCAGCAGCAGCUCGGCCUUCGAGGAAGAGCUGACGGACUUCAGGGAGAGCGGAGAGCUGCUGAAAGAGCUGGACGAAACGACGCAGACCAACAGCACCAUCUUCUCCAUCAAGAUCGAAGAGCAGCUGGCUCGAGGCGCCGAGGCCCAGUCAGAGUUAGAACACGAGGCCAAGGAGUAGAACUCCCUCCUCCAUCCUCCACCUCCACCUGCGUCUGAACAUGUACUGAGAGUUUUCCUGUGCACACACACACACACACACACACAGACUGAUGACUGUGUUAGUGUAACACUCCGGCCCGACGUAGAACCACCACCACACCGCAAAUAAAGAAAAAGUAGUGUUUUUAAAUCAAUGCAGCGCCCGGACUAUACGAGGAGUGUUUCUAUAUAUAUGAGCUGCAGACUGACAGGCUAUGUGAAGCGAGCGUUCACACACUGGAGAGCCCAUUUCAGACUCGAGUACUACUUUUUGGAUUUUGUAAAACUUGUAUUAUUCACUGUAAAGACUGAUGCAUCGUUUAAAUAAUCUGCACAAAAAAUUAUUAAGUAUGUUGCCGUGGAUAUUUGCUGACUGCACUCUAUGUCUGUUGUUUUACACUGACUUACUUUAUCUUUUUUGAGCUACUGAUUAUAUUUAAAAAGAAAAAAAAGCCCCCCACCCCCUCUCUCUGGAGUUUGCUAGGACUUUGAUAGGUGUUUACGUAUGUGAUGUUUAACUGGAAUUUUUUUUUAAAUAGCAAAUGAAAUCAAGGACCAAGUGGUUGACAAGGCCUUAAUCAUGAGGUAUCGAGUCUGGAGCCUGCUGGCAGAUUAGUUAUUCUUUAAAAAAAAAAAAAAAAAAA